AUGAAUGGCUCGUGGAUCACGAGAAGAGAGAAGAUUGGUAACUUCUUUGUUGAGCACUUUAAAAGCAUCUGCCGAUCUUCUAACCCACUUGAACCAACAGAGUUAUCAAACUUGAAUCAUCCAACCAUCGAUGAAACUGACAAUCUGAUGCUUUGUCCGGAUCCAGAUGAUAAAGAUAUUUGGGAAGCUUUGAACCAGAUUGGUUCAUUGAAAGCAUCUGAAUGUAUUAUUUUACAAAUUCUAUUGGGAGACCGUGAAAAUGAUGCAAGUAGUGUGGUUAAAUCCUUCUUCACCAAUGGCUUCAUGUUGAAGGAAUUAAAUCAUACUAAUUUGGUUCUCAUCCCAAAGGUUGAGAAUCCACCUUCCAUUAAUCAAUUCCGCCCCAUACGUCUUUACAAUGCAGCCUAUUAG